CAGAAUUAUUCUUGAUAAUCGUCAUCCCGUAUUUCCACUGGCGGAAUAUAUGCAUCUAUUGAAAAAAGUGAUAUUUAAUAAAGGGCAUGAGCCUCGGUCAGUUCCGCAACCAACAUCAUCACAAGCGCCUGUUACAACUGAAGAAGUAGAAGAAAAAGCAGACGAUGACCAAAAAGACGGCAACGCUGUAAAAUUCAUUGAUCUGCCGAGUGAGAUACAGAUGAAUAUUUUGAAAUGUUUGUCCUAUGACGACAUAGCAAAAUUGAGAAGGACGUGUAAACUUAUGAAUACUCUAUGCUCCUAUCUACUAAACAGAGGUUUUCAACAACUGGGAAUUGAUAUUGAUAGAGAGAAGCUUCGCAUAAAACGAGAAUUGCCUCGUCGAGAAUCUAUGAGAAGAUCACAUCGGCUAUCACGUUUAAAUGAUGCCUAUGCUGGUCUUGAUACCAGAUUUUCUAUAAUGACCAUGACUUAUCGAAAAUUUAUUGAUAUGAAAGCUUCAUGUUUCAUACCAGGGAAGGUAUUAGAUGAGUUCUUCCGCAUCAUCGACAUAUUGAAGAAGUCGCAUGAUCGAGGUGGAACGCUUACCAUAGAUAUUCAUGAGCUUCUCAAAGAUUUGAGAGACCUAUCAAGCAUGGCUAUGGAACAUUUCGAAGAACACGUGCAACCGUCGCUGACUACCUCUACAUCAAGUGCGCUUACCAGUUCAUAUUUUAUGACAAUUCAUCCAUCUCUCUUCCGAGCAACUACUACCCCCACUACAUCUCCAUCCAGUUGCAGAGAUUUGGAUACUUGCGAGUGGCGCAAAAAUGUCAUGGAUAAGUUGGCUCAACAGGAGAAACAGAUCAGGAAGCAAAAUACCGAGAUUCUUUCACUCAAGUCCUGCAUAAGACGACUUGUGCUGGUUUGUACGGAGAUGAUUUCGCCGGGAUCGGAGAAAGAAGUCGGUGAUCUGCUAACAGAUGUGCUAAGCACGGUCACCACAGGAAGCACUAGCUGCUGUAUUCAUGAAGAAUUACCUUCAACGUCGAGCACUCCAACCUUAGAAGGAGGAAGUGCACCACGUCGUAAACGAUUUUAUGAAGAUCAAUACUCACAAGAACUUUGUCCGAGGAAAAAGCCGAGGUCAGAGGACCCUUCAGAUGAAAGUCGGAUACGAGAAAGGUGA